CUCGCUUACCAAAAAUCAACUUAAUAUCUUAAAGAGUUGUAAAACAAAAGUCCGGAAAAUGAAAUGCUAGAUGGAUAUACGGAUGGGUAGACAGUCCAACUUCUAUAUACCAUCCAAACGGGGGCAUAACAAUCAGCUCAAUGUCUGAAAGAGUUGCGUAAAAAACUCUCCGGAAAUCAGUUUUUAAAGAUAAAUUGUUAAAGUUCACUGCCCAUAAUUUUGCAAAAUAUCAAUGGGCUUGAACGAAUUUCACAUUUCAUAUGUAGUUCAUGUAGGCAGACACACAUACCAAAAAUUAGCCCAACAUAUGAAAGCGUACAAAAUCACCGGAAAACGGUUUUAAUUGAUACACAAUUUAAGUCCAUUCUAAUGUCAGAGUUUAAGACGAUUGUGAUGGUUUAUCUGUGAUGAUGAUGGUGAAAGUAAAAAUGUGUAAUAGAUGAUGAACAUUUUAUAAGCAAUUAAAUUUGAAACUUUAGAGUUCAUAUUAAAAGAGAAAAUACUAUUAUGGUAAUAUGUCAGUCAUAAUUUAUAAUACAUUUUUAAUAAACGAUUUUGAUUUUCAAAGUUUGUUUUCCUUCAUCAUCAAGCAUAAUUCAUUUCUGAAAUCUAAAGCUUAAAACAUGGGUGCCAAAUUAAAAAAAAAUCAAUUAGGUAGGGAAGAUCCGUCCGGACCUCCCCCUUUCGGCCCACCCCCAGUAAAAAAUUCCUGGGUACGGCCCUGAAAGUUGUGCAUUUCUUUAUAUCCGCAUAUCGGUUUUUCUAUUGUAAAUUUAUUAUACAUAAACAUGUUAACACACAUGCAUUUAAAACAUACAUUUAUUAUGAAUAAAUAACCUUCAAAAACAACAAUUGAGUUUUUCCAUGACACAGAUUUGUCCAUCAAAGGUGCUUAAGUUUCCCAAAUCUAGUCAUAAAUUAUACGGUGCAUUACUAAUGGGACGAACCAACUACCGCUUGUGUACACACACUUCAUUGUUACGAAAGACGAAUACUCUAUGAUUAACCCGUGAAUUAACUCUGGAUCAGCAGACGAUUUAUAGCUUAAAUCAGCACAUCUUACGGAGGAUUCCGAAGAUAGGCGAUGUAUCACGAUAAUGGAAACUUGACUCAAACAAUUAAUAGUUUUGGCCUCGGUAGACUUUCUUUUAUGUGAUUCGGAAAACGGAUAAUGAAAUUUGAAUACUGAUGUCAAUGGAAAUUAUUUAAAAACAAAUUCACAGUGUUCAACAGGAUUUAUUCGAAACAUAACAAAAUUAAUAUAAACAACAAUAUAAAAGUAGUUGAUAGAUAACAAAAAUGUGGAACCUUAUACAGCUCCACCUUUUCGAUUGUUUAACUAAGCGACAAACUUGUAUAAUACUACUACUUCUGCUCACAUUUUCCUGCAUCGUUUACCUCGCGAUUGAAUGGGCAUUCAUACGUCAGUGGAUAAACGUGUCUCCGAUACCACUUUAUGACAACAACACAUUGCUGAUACUUUGGUACAACAAACCAGUAUGGAUCAACGAGUUUCUUGUUAACAAGGGUCUAGGUACUUGCCCUUACAGCAACUGUAAAACUACCACCAGCAAGGCAUUGAUUAGCAAAUCAGCAAGCGUUAUCUACGUAAUAAGCAGCGAUGGCGUUCCCAGAAUUCCGCCAGUUUCCGCUGCUCACCGGAAUAAAGAUCAGGCAUGGGUAUUCUUCAAUCUCGAGCCCCAGACACUAUACCGAAUCAACUUUGGACCAGAGUGGACCUACGUUAUGAACUGGUCCAUGAUGUAUCACAGAGACGCUGAUAUUCCCUACCCUUAUGGGGCGAUAGAGCUCCGGAAUAAGAGCCAGUCGGUACGGGACAAGAAAAACUACGGUGCGAUCUUUGACGGGAAAUCGGUAUUCGCGUCUUGGUUUGUAAGCCACUGUCAUGUACAAUCACGGCGUGACGAGUAUGUUGAACAGAUGCAAAAAUAUGGAGUUCAAAUUCACAUUUUUGGAUCAUGUUUUAAGAACCAACUUUCACUUCCGAAAAACGACCCUCAAAAGAUCGAUAAAGUACUUUAUCAGUCCAAGUUUUAUUUGGCAUUUGAAAACUCUUUCUGCGAGGAUUAUGUUACCGAGAAGUUUUUCGAACGGUUUAAUUCAGAUACAAUUAUGGUUGUGCGAGGCGGAACUAACUAUACAAAGUAUUUCCCACCAGGCACGUUUGUUAAUGCUGCUGACUUUGGAAACGCUAAGAAGUUAGCGGAGUUUCUUAUACGAUUUGGAAACAAUAAGUCUGAAUAUACCGCCAUGCUUCGCAGAAAAGACAUGUAUGUGUCGCCGCAACCUCAACUUGUAUACUGUAAGUCUUAUUGCAAGCUGUGUGAAAUGUUGAACAAUGUAGACAAAUACCGUAAAACUUAUAAAACUAUCCGGGAAUACGUUGACUCAAAACCUUGCACUGCACCAAAGGAUAUAGAGUAAUGUUUUAAUACAGGCUUUAUACUUGGCAGUUGUUAUAUCCAGGUAUAUCCAGUUACGGUUGUAUUCAUGUUUAUAAGUAAUUGUUGAAUUGAAUCUUUUGUUCAAAAUAUUUUUAACAUGGAUUACUGUGUUAAUACUAUUGGAAGUUUUUA